UCAUUCCGUAUUUAAAAAUGCAAGAAAAUUUAAAAAAAUGGCCACCACUUGCUUAUUCCUCAUCACCUAACCUCUAUAAAACCAUUAUGGUUUGCCCUAAAUUUCACCUCAAUUAUAACAAUAUCCAAAGCUAUUAUGUUUAGAAGGAAGUUUCUUUCACUUCCUCAUCAACCGAACAUGGAGCUCAACUUGACCACUGUCAAAACUUCAUCUGAUGGAGUCUGGGAAGGCGACAAUCCUCUAAGCCAUGCCUUUCCACUCUUAAUAGUUCAAACAAUCCUAGUUCUCUUCAUCACUCGAUUGCUCGCCUUCUUUCUCAAGCCCCUUCGGCAACCCAGAGUCAUUGCUGAAAUAAUCGGAGGUAUUUUGCUUGGACCAUCUGCUCUUGGCCGAAACAAACACUUGUUCAGCUUGGUGUUUCCUUCAUGGAGCACUCCCAUACUCGAAUCUGUGGCAAGCAUUGGCCUUCUGUUCUUUCUUUUUCUCGUAGGUCUUGAGCUUGAUUUGAGCUCAAUUCGCCAGAGCGGCAAGAAAGCUUUCGGAAUAGCACUUGCCGGUAUCUCUCUCCCUUUCUUGUUUGGAGUUGCUGUAUCCUUCUUUCUGCGCAAAGCCGUACAUGGAGAGGACAAGGUCGGUUAUGGUCAGUAUCUCAUGUUCAUGGGAGUUGCUCUAUCCAUUACAGCUUUUCCUGUUCUUGCACGUAUUCUUGCAGAACUCAAACUGUUAACAACCCAACUGGGGCAGACGGCAAUGGCUGCCGCAGCAUUCAAUGACGUAGCAGCAUGGAUCUUGUUGGCUCUAGCUGUAGCCCUCGCCGGAAAUGGUUCCACAGAGGACUCUAAGAGUCCAUUAAUAUCGUUAUGGGUUCUCAUUUCUGGAGUUGCUUUUGUGGGUUUCAUGGUGGUUUUUGUCCGACCCAUCAUGAAUUGGGUUGCCAAUAAAUGCUCCCAACAGCAAGAUUUUCUCGACGAAGCAUACAUCUGUGUAACCCUAGCCGGGGUUAUGUUAUCUGGGUUCAUAAGCGAUCUUAUAGGGAUCCAUGCAAUUUUCGGUGCCUUUAUUUUUGGCUUAAUGAUCCCUAAAGGAGGAGAAUUUGCAACAAAAUUGAUUAUAAGGAUUGAGGAUUUUGUUUCUGGUUUGCUUCUUCCACUUUACUUUGCAUCAAGUGGGUUAAAGACAGACGUGGCUAAGAUCCGAGGGGCUGAGGCAUGGGGACUGGUGCUCCUGGUUGUGUUGACGGCGUGUGCAGGGAAGAUUCUGGGGACCUUUGUGGUGGCUAUGCUGUGUAUGAUUCCAGCUAGGGAAUCAUUGGCUCUUGGAGUAUUGAUGAAUACUAAAGGAUUGGUAGAACUGAUAGUUCUGAAUAUUGGCAAGGAGAAGAAGGUUCUGAAUGAUGAGAUGUUCGCUAUUUUAGUACUGAUGGCAAUCUUUACGACCUUCAUGACAACUCCAACAGUCAUGGCCAUAUACAAACCUGCACGUCGCCUUAACCAGGGAGACAACCACUCACCAUCCGAUGAAAAUUCACAUGGGAUCACUCGAAUCCUAGCUUGUGUUCAUGGACCUCAAACUGUACCAACACUCGUUAAUCUCAUCGACUCUACCACAACUGCAAAAUCAACCCCUAUCAAGCUCUACGUUAUGCACCUUGUUGAACUCACUGAUCGCUCAUCUUCCAUCAUGAUGGUUCAACGAACUCGAAAGAAUGGCUUUCCUUUCAUUAACCGCUUCUCUCCAGGCUCCUCCAAAGAUCAAAUUGAAGCUGCAUUUGAGGUAUAUGGUCAUGCUACUUCACUCACCAUUCGUCACUCCACAUCUGUCUCAGCAUUGUCGACAAUGCACGAGGAUAUUUGCCAUGUAGCUGAAGAUAAAAGGGUAGAUAUCAUUAUCUUGCCCUUCCACAAGCAAUGGAGAGAAGGUGUAGAGGAAGAGGAUGUGGGACAUGAAUGGAGAGAGGUUAAUCAGAAUGUUCUUAAGAACUCACCAUGCUCAGUCGCCAUCCUUGUCAAUCGUGGUUUCAGUGGCGCUGAUCAGUCUGUAGGAACUGCAACCGCAACUCACAGAAGAGUUUGUGUCGUUUUCUUGGGUGGCCCAGAUGAUAGGAAAGCUCUGGAGGUGGGUGCUACGAUGGCUGAACACACAGCUAAUCUCAUAACUCUAAUGAGAUUCCAAGUCCAAGCUGGGUUAGAAAGCAGGAACUCAUCCAACAACUCUAGAGAGAAGGAAAAGGACGAAGCUGCAGUAGAAGAGUUCAUAAGAAAGUGCAAUGAAUCAGUCGAGCUUGUAGAGAAGGAUCUUAACAAUGUAAUGGAGGAAGUGCUAAGUAUAGGGCAAAGUAGAGCAUUUGAUCUUCUCAUUACAGGGAGGGCAGCUACGGUGGAAAAAUUAGCAGACAAUCAGGUGGAGCAUCCGGAGUUAGGGCUGAUAGGAGAUAUCUUAGCUUCGCCAAACAAUGGCAUAACAUGCUCAGUGCUGGUGAUCCAACAAAAUCCUCAACGUGCCAAUGAGUGCCAAUGACACCACAAUCAUUUCAAAAGCCACUCAAGACAAGUAUGAAUUAUAAAUAAUGAAUCCUUCUGGCUUAUCGGACUGCGUUAAAAUAAGAAACCAGCAUAAAGACAAGUUUGGAGUUUCUAAUAUGUUUAUUGGGUGAAAAAAAAAUAAAUGUUUAUGUUAGUUUA